CUGUCUCCGACACCGUCAUUUUGUUUUUCCGGGACUACUCCAUCUUUCCACAGUUAGCUAUCCCUCUGCGGCAAUCAAGGAGGAAACACAUCUUUCCACUUCAAAAGUAGCGAGGAUAUUCUCUCACCCUAGCCACGCAUUUUCUUGUAGAAGUUAUUAGUUUGUACCUUACGACUUGUUAUCACGAUUUUGAAUCCGAUUUGAAGAACACCAACAAAUCCGAUUUUGAAGAACACCAAAAAUGACUGAUUCAAAGUAUUUUACCACAAAUAAAAAAGGGGAGAUCUUUGAGUUGAAGGCAGAGCUGAACAAUGAGAAGAAAGAGAAGAGGAAGGAGGCGGUGAAGAAGGUCAUUGCAGCUAUGACCGUGGGCAAGGAUGUCAGCUCCCUGUUCCCAGACGUGGUCAACUGCAUGCAGACUGACAACCUGGAGCUGAAGAAGCUGGUCUACCUCUACCUGAUGAACUAUGCUAAGAGCCAACCAGACAUGGCCAUCAUGGCUGUCAACAGCUUUGUCAAGGACUGUGAGGACCCCAACCCCCUGAUCCGGGCCCUGGCUGUGCGUACUAUGGGCUGCAUCCGUGUGGACAAGAUCACUGAGUACCUCUGUGAGCCGCUGAGGAAGUGUCUGAAGGACGAGGACCCCUACGUGAGGAAGACGGCGGCCGUGUGUGUGGCGAAGCUCCACGAUAUCAACGCCCAGAUGGUGGAGGACCAGGGCUUCCUGGACUCCCUGAGGGACCUCAUCGCUGACUCCAAUCCCAUGGUGGUGGCCAAUGCGGUGGCAGCUCUGUCUGAGAUCAGCGAGUCCCACCCCAACAGCAACCUGCUGGAUCUUAACCCCCAGAACAUCAACAAACUGCUGACGGCCCUCAACGAGUGCACUGAAUGGGGUCAGAUCUUCAUCCUGGACUGCCUGUCCAACUACAACCCCAAAGAUGAACGCGAGGCCCAGAGCAUCUGUGAGCGGGUCACGCCCCGCCUGUCUCACGCCAACUCAGCGGUGGUGCUGUCGGCCGUCAAGGUGCUGAUGAAGUUCCUGGAGCUGCUGCCCAAGGAGUCGGACUACUACAACACCCUGCUGAAGAAACUGUCCCCCCCGCUGGUCACCCUGCUCUCUGGGGAGCCAGAGGUCCAGUAUGUGGCCCUCCGGAACAUCAACCUCAUAGUCCAGAAAAGGCCGGAGAUCUUGAAGCAAGAGAUUAAGGUGUUCUUUGUCAAGUACAAUGACCCCAUCUACGUCAAACUGGAGAAACUGGACAUCAUGAUUCGCUUGGCCUCCCAGGCCAACAUAGCCCAGGUGCUGGCGGAGCUGAAAGAGUAUGCCACCGAGGUGGAUGUUGAUUUUGUGCGUAAGGCGGUGAGAGCCAUCGGACGCUGCGCCAUUAAAGUGGAGCAAUCUGCUGAGCGCUGUGUGAGCACCCUGCUGGACCUCAUCCAGACCAAGGUCAACUAUGUGGUGCAGGAGGCCAUCGUGGUCAUCAGGGAUAUCUUCCGCAAAUACCCCAACAAAUAUGAGAGCAUCAUCGCCACACUGUGUGAGAACCUGGACUCUCUAGAUGAGCCGGAUGCACGCGCUGCCAUGAUCUGGAUUGUAGGCGAGUAUGCUGAGAGGAUUGACAAUGCUGACGAGCUGCUGGAGAGCUUCCUGGAAGGUUUCCACGACGAGAGCACCCAGGUCCAGCUCACUCUUCUGACCGCCAUCGUCAAGCUGUUCCUCAAGAAGCCCUCUGAGACUCAGGAGCUGGUACAGCAGGUUCUCAGUCUGGCCACACAGGAUUCCGACAACCCGGACCUGCGCGACCGAGGCUACAUCUACUGGCGCCUGUUGUCCACCGACCCGGUGACCGCCAAAGAGGUGGUCUUGUCUGAGAAGCCCCUGAUCUCGGAGGAGACGGACCUGAUUGAGCCCACCCUGCUGGACGAGCUCAUCUGCCACAUUGGGUCCCUGGCCUCCGUCUACCACAAGCCUCCCAACGCCUUUGUGGAGGGCAGCCACGGCAUCCACCGCAAGCACCUGCCCAUCCAGCACGGCAGCAUUGACACAGGCGAGAGCCCCGUGAGUACAGGCCCAGCUGCCCCCAUAGAACCGGCCCAGUCCGUCAUCCCAUCCCAGGGAGACCUGCUUGGAGAUCUGCUCAACCUGGACCUGGGUCCCCCCGUCAAUGUUCCCCAAGUCUCCUCUAUGCAAAUGGGGGCCGUCGACUUGCUGGGAGGAGGCCUCGACAGCCUGGUAGGACAGAACUUCAUCCCCUCAUCGGUACCCAACACGUUCGCGCCGUCACCCACUCCUGCAGCGCUGAGCAGCGGCCUCAACGACCUGUUUGAACUCUCCACAGGCAUGGCCGUCACCACGGGAGGCUACGUGGCCCCGAAAACCGUGUGGCUGCCGGCAGUGAAAGCCAAAGGGCUGGAGAUCUCUGGCACGUUCUCCCGCCGUCAGGGCCAGAUGUACAUGGACAUGACCUUCACAAACAAGGCCCUGCAGCACAUGACUGACUUCGCUAUCCAGUUCAACAAGAACAGUUUUGGAGUCAUCCCUACCACCCCUCUGCCCAUCCACACCCCACUGAUGCCCAGCCAGAGUAUCGAUGUUUCCCUGCCUCUUAACACCAUUGGUCCAGUCAUGAAGAUGGACCCACUGAACAACCUCCAGGUGGCUGUGAAGAACAGCAUUGACGUCUUCUACUUCAGUGGGCUUAUCCCACUCAACAUCUUCUUUGUGGAGGACGGCAAAAUGGAGCGACAGGUGUUCCUGGCCACCUGGAAAGACAUCCCUAAUGAGAAUGAGCUGCAGUACCAGAUCAAGGAAUGCCAUUUAAAUGCAGACACAGUGUCAGGAAAACUACAGAACGACAACAUCUACACCAUCGCCAAAAGGAACGUGGAGGGCCAGGACAUGCUCUACCAGUCCCUAAAGCUCACCAACGGCAUCUGGAUCCUGGCUGAGCUUCGCAUCCAACCUGGCAACCCUAACUACACAUUGUCCUUGAAAUGCCGGGCUCCCGAGGUUUCCCAGUACGUCUACCAGGUGUACGACUCAGUCCUGAAGAACUGAUCGCUCUGCCCGUCCACGCACCAACUUCCACUCCACACUUCUUCCCAAGUCGUUUAUUAUCUACUCAUUUCCCCCACAGCCUUUACCUCCAUUUGGGAAUGCGACACCCCUAUUGCGUCCUGAACUAAAUGUCUUAAUGUUGUGAAACGUGGUUGAUGGCGAAGUUUCCCCAAAAAGAUGAAAUCUUUCAUAUUCACAAAGCCUUCACCAACAUAUACUGUAUAGGCAAUAUUGGAAAGUUUAAUAUCAUGUUUUUGUGUUGAUUCUUUUAAUGCAUGUUUGGCUUCCGUGGUCCAUUUCCUGCUUUCUCAACUAUUCCACCAGACGUCCAGGCCUUGCUGGGGCCGAAGGCUAGUUGAAAUUGUUGCUGAAUUUCUAUGAUGGAGCAGCUACUAUUUUCCGCCGAGAUGGCAAUGAGAGGCGAAAGGUGGGCCAGGGAACAUGAAAUAGAUUUUAAUGCAUUAGUGGAUGUCAUUCUGCUCUCAUUUUCAGAACCACUAUGUAAACCACUAUUUAUGGUAGAUCUUAUUAGGUGUUGGCCCCAGUCUGUGUCAUUCUUUUUUUUUUUUUUUUUUACUAAUACUUGCAGGCAGCUGAUGCUUUUGUGCUUCUCAUCCCCUUUCGCAUUGCUGAAUCUGCCACAGCACUCAAACACAGUUACCAUUCCUAAAUUGUCAUUCCUUGAUUUCUAUGAAUCCAAUUCCCUUUGCUUGAUCUGUAGUUGCAUUACUCCGUAACAUGUGAUGUCGGAAGACUUGUCCUCACCUGAUUCCAAUGAGAUAUUAUGCUUUGUACUUUAUAUGUAAGGUUGUUAUUGAUAUUGCAUUUGCAGCUGUUCAUCCGAACUGUAAACCCUGGGUCAGACCCAAAGCCAGGGUCAAUAUCAAUUCACAUUUUCAAAACCGGGAACAAUCCCAUAUUGUCAUCAAUGACUUGUUUUAGUGUGUGUUUUGUGUUCUAAAACCACCUUUGUUGCAUUGCUUUAUCCUCAACAUGGAGGAUAUUUAGUUGUUGGAGGCCAUCUAAGGACCCGGUUCACUACCCCAUGACUAGUAUGUGAAGUGGUGUAGUUUGUAGAGCUGAAGUUCUGUAUGACUAAUGGAUAAUUGUUAUAUUGCUACGCUAUAACCCAGAAUAAUUGUGCUUCUGUUCCUUACCAGAAAAACAUCACUACAAUAUUAGUUAUUUACCACCAAAUUCCUCAUGUGGGAGAAGUGAUCCAAGAGGUUUUAAAAAAUAAAUAAAUGUAGGCCUUUACAAACUUUUUUUUUUUUUAAUAUACCAUAUCUCAAUUACUAACACUGCUUGUUAAAUCUGUGGUUGUUGAGCUAAUGGUUGUUGAGCUGUUAAUCUGUUUAUUGAAACCAGUGUAAAGUGCAGUAUCAAGGAUACCUGUUGUGUUUGGGACUUCAGUGGUCCACUGUUAUUGUUGCCAUACAUGUGAAUGUGCCUGUGGCCAUUACUCCCAAGACAUCUUAGCUGGAUGUUUUCCUCAUUCUCAAAGACUUAAUGUCAUGGGAAGGUUUUAUCUUGGCCACAGUUUUACUUCGGCAUCCCAAGCAAGAUGUCAGGAUGAAGGUUUAUUUGGGUUUGGCUUUGUCACCUAAAACAAUAUGUACAGAAAAUAUUCCAUGUACUUUUUUAAAGCCCAGCGAGCAGCAAUAGGCAGAACAGCAGUAAGACCUAAUAUGGUAAUCUGAAUGACAGUUUUUAGCAUCUUCUCCUCAAGCUUGACUGUUGAUCCUGCAUCACCCCUCAAUGCCAAUGUGUCACUGUAUCCUCUCUUAUUUCAAUAAAAAGUCUGGUAUAAACAUA